AGACUGCACUCGGGCUGCUGCUCAGUGUCGGCGCGUCGCUUAAUGUCAGCUGUUAGCCGACACACGACUUUAAUAGAUAUAUAUGUUUCAUAUAUUUCAUAUUUCUGCGCGUCGUAACUCGUAGAUAUUACAGGUAACUCGCUUUCAUCGUUAGGUUUCAAUUAGGGCAACAUUAGCCGACUGAUUGAGCUAGCUUAACUUCGCUGAGGAGCUAACUGGUGUUCCAGCUUCACAGACACAAGAUGCUGGAGUCCAUUAAAGUGACAGAAAGACUUCACUGGCCAAAGGUAGAAAUGUCCAAAAAGUACAUCUUAAACUCUGCUGACAAGGCACUGAGUCCAAGCCAAGUUUACCUGGAGAAGAUUUCUUCCAGCGUCCUUAAAGACCUCUUCAGCAGGGGCUCCAGCAGCUACAACGUCCUGCAGCAGGCUGAGGAGGAGGAGGAGGAGGAGGAGGAGGAGGAGGAGAAGAAGAAGAGUCCGAAGCAGUCCCCGUUCAAGAGGCCAAAAACAUCCGUGAAAUGUGGCGCCACGUUUAGUAGAAGAAAAUGCCAAGGCAUGGCUCCUAAAAAGUGCCGUGCACCAGAGGGUGGCGGUAAACCUGCACAGACAAAUCGUGUUCUCUCAGGCAAUCUCUCUAAACCAGCACGAAACAUCGCAGUAGUGGGCAGCACCAUGGGCCUCACCCCGCGUACUGUUCCACAGCUCAGGAAGAUGUGCACCCCCAAUUCCCCUCGCACUAAACUUCCCUCGAUCACACGGGAAGUGGAAAAUGCCAAGAGGCUCUGCAUCCUUUCAGCCAUCAAGCCGUCUAAUGUUGAGAAAGAGAAGGCCAAGUUUUUCAAGUCUGACUUCAACUAUAAUCCACAGUUUGAGUACAGCAACCCGGUUCCUCCACUCGUCCUGGGACGACACAACACUGCCUCAGAGCGCUUCCUGACACAGGCAGUGAACAUCAUGGAGCUUGCCCUGCAGCGAUAUGGCAGCUAUGAGAAGUUUGAGCAGUCUACUGGGGGAAACCUCCUCAGCAAGAGUCGCGUCCGGCACAACGUCAAGAAGUACAUGGAGAAGGAAGGCUGCCUGGGGGAGAUCGUGGUGCAGGUGACAGACGACCUCCUGUCCAGAGCCUCCAUGACGGUGGUGAACAGCAGACCCACACUGACCAUCAACAUCAGCACGGCCCGAGAGUUCUGGCUGGAAGGUCUGCUGAGGCAUGAGAUCGGCACACAUUACUUCCGUGGCAUCAACAACUGCCACCAGCCGUGGAGCAGCGGCGUGGGCAGGAAGAAGCACAACCUGAAGCCUCUGAACCCCACAGAGGAGGGCCUGGCCAGCAUCCACAGUGUCCUGUUCAGGAAAGACCCCACGCUGUGGCGCGCCGCCCUGCUCUACUACACCGUCUACCAGGCCAGCCACGUGUCCUUCUCUCAGCUCUUCCACGAUCUGGGACGCUUCGUCCAGGACCCCAACACCCGCUGGGACUACUGCGUCCGAGCCAAGAGGGGCCAGAGCGACACAGCUCAGCCAGGGUGCUUCAGUAAAGACCAGGUCUACCUGGAUGGUAUCCUGAAGAUCCUGAGGUACAGAGACAAGAUCAACUUCCCCCUGCUGAUGGCUCUGGGAAAGGUGUCCUUUGAAGAUGUGGACCGCCUGAAGGCUCUGGCUCAGAUGGAGAACGUCCGCAUCCCACACUUCAUGCAGGACCAGACGAGGUACGCCGAGCAGCUGGUGAAAAUCAUGACGGUUAACCGGCUGACUGACGAGGAGCUGAAGACUAUCAUCUGAGCCCACUCCCCCUCACGCCUGAAUAAAACCCUGCCGGCCGCGGCCCGCAUGCCUCCACACCAUCACGUGCACGAGGUGUGGGGUUCUCCCAGCAUGCUGUUCUGUAUGUGAUGUAGAGAAGUUCAUCUUCUUCACCAGUGCCAAGACAAAACCAGGAUUGCUGAUCAAAACAAAACUUAACUAGAAAGUUAACGAAGCUCUUGGUGCCAAACGUUUCUACUUUCUACGUCUGAUACUCGUUCCCUCAUUAAGACCGUCUCCGCAGCGAAGGGUUUCUAAAAGAGUUCAUGAUCUGGAUUAGAGCCCGAUGCUGCGUUAUAAAGUCUCAACAUUAUCAGGAUCCUUAAAUGUGUUUAAAGGUUAAUAUAAUACGUGCUUUGUGGUGCACACUAGUAACGGGGGAAACGAGCGAGCUGAUCCGGGACCAGUGAUGCAGACGUCAUCUUGAUGCUUCACUUGUGUGUGAACAUAGUUUAAUCCUCAAACUGAUCUGAAAUAAGCGUUCUUUGUCUGCACCUGUGAUCUAAGUGUACUUACCUGAUGUUUUAUAUCCGUGAAGAAGAACUGUGUCGUACAGAAGCAUUAUCAUCAGUGUCACACACACGCCUCAUAAUUCUUCUACGUGUGUGUGUGUGUGUGUGUGUGUGUGUGUGUGUGUGUGUGUGUGUGUGUGUGUGUGUGUGUGUGUGUGUGUGUGUGUGUGUGUGUGUGUGUGUGUGUGUGUGUGUGUGUGUGCGGAAGUCGUUUGUGUAUUUUGAGGCGAGUUCCUCUUCACGUUCUCGUGCACCGACCCGUUUGACUGUUUGCACUUUGUUACCUAAAUCUACCUUUUUAAUGUUUAUAAUAUACUCGUGUGUUUUACAAACGGACCAAACGCCUUUUAAUUUUCCUGUCGCACUCUGAGUUCUUGUGUCGUUGACACCACGUGGAGUAAUGCGUGUGGCUCUGCUCCCUGGGGGGUACGGGUUACGUCCUGUGGUUUCUAUUUAAGUGACUUUUGGGAUAUUCAUAGAAGCAAUCUUCAAAUAAAGUGGACACCUAAA